AUGCAACACAUCUCCCCCUCCUCCCUCGAGACCGACCUCCCCUCCCGCAUCGCCUACCUCUCCUCCUUCCUCAGCCUAACCCCCUCGGACGGCGAAGCCCUCCUGGCCGCCAAACCCCUCAUCGCGCCCCUCAUACCCGCCAUCCUCGACGCCGUCUACUCCAAGCUACUCAGCUACGAUAUCACGGCGCAGGUCUUCGUGCCGAAGAAUACGGAUUAUGAGGGCGAGGUGGUGGGGAGCGUGCAAGAGUUGACGUUGGAGCAUCCGCAGAUUGCGUUGAGAAAGGAUUUCUUAAAGAACUACCUCGUCCGCCUCGUCUCAACCCCCGACCUGACCCCCACCUCGCCCCUCUGGUCCUACCUAAACAACGUCGGCAUAAUGCACACGGGGCUCCCGGGCUUCAAGCACCGCGAACACAAGCCCGAGCUGCGCGUCGAGUACAUACACAUGGGCGCGCUGCUGGGCUACGUCGAGGAUAUCGUGGUAGGCGCCGUCAUGGAGAUGGAGGGCGUGGAUGCGGUGGUGAAAAUGAAGGUCAUGCGCGCGUUUAACAAGGUGCUGUGGAUCCAGAACGAUCUGUUUGCGAGGCAUUAUAUUGGGGCCGAGGGCGUGGGCAUGAGUUCUGGGAAGGCGGUUGGGGGAGGGGAGGGGUUGAGUGGGGUUGCGAAAUGCCCGUUUUCUGGUUGA